CUGUGUUCAUUGGUUAGAAUAGACUGAAUCUAGAAGUAACUUGUUCAUGAUCAACUUACAAGUGUCAUUCAAAUAACGUGAUUUUAGUGAACUUGGUGUAAAACUACAAGGCGCAAUAUGUUUAAGAAAUUUGACGAGAAGGAGAGCAUAUCGGGAGUCCAGCAGCUCAAGUCCUCAGUGCAGAAGGGCAUCAGGGCGCGCCUGCUGGAGCUGUACCCUCACUUGGACAACUACAUCGACCAAGUUCUACCUAAGAAGGAUACAUUCAGGAUUGUUAAAUGCCACGACCACAUCGAGAUUAUGGUGAACAGCGCUGGAGAGCUGCUGUUCUUCCGUCAACGCGAGGGACCCUGGAUGCCGACCCUCAAACUCCUACAUAAGUAUCCAUUUUUCCUGCCAAUGCAGCAGGUCGACAAGGGUGCUAUCCGCUUCGUACUCAGUGGAGCCAACAUCAUGUGUCCAGGUCUGACGUCGCCGGGAGCCCGCAUGAGCAGUGUAGAUAAAGGCCAGGUGGUAGCCGUCAUGGCCGAGGGGAAGGAACACGCACUGGCUGUCGGAUGCACCUCUUUAUCUACCGAUGACAUAGCCAAAGUGAACAAAGGUGUGGGCAUAGAGAAUUGCCAUUAUCUCAACGACGGCUUGUGGCAGAUGAAACCUGUGAAGUAAAUUAAUUACAAUACUAAAUUAUGCUUCCAGUGACUUAUUACUAAGCUUUCUUAAUAAACAUAUUAAUUGCUAAACUUG